AUGUCCCGCAAACAGGCGGCCAGGGCCCGGCCCGCCGCCAGGAAGGGCCGCCGGCCCCGGCAUUCCCCCACCGCCCCGGCCCCGGGCCCCGCUCCGGGCGAUAGCGGCGGCCUCGCCGGGCAGCUCCGGGCCCUCGGCCUCAAGCUGCGGGAGGUGCCGGGAGAUGGCAACUGCUUGUUCCGUGCCCUGGGGGACCAGCUGGAGGGGCACUCCCGGAACCACCUGCGGCACCGCCAGGAGACAGUGGAGUUCAUGGUGAGGCAGCGUGGGGACUUCGAGCCCUUCGUGGAGGAUGAUGUGCCCUUUGACAAACAUGUUGCCAAUUUGGCCAAGCCUGGUACUUUUGCUGGCAAUGAUGCUAUCGUGGCCUUUGCAAGGAACAAUCAAAUUAAUGUGGUUAUUCAUCAACCCAACGCUCCACUGUGGCAGAUCCGGGGCACAGACAGGAGCGAUGCCAGGGAGCUGCACAUUGCCUACAGGUACGGGGAGCACUACGACAGCGUCAGGAGGAUCAGCGACGACUCAGAAACUCCAGCCUACCUUCGGAUGGAGAUGCUUUGCAAGAACGAUUCGAAUAAGGCAGAGGAAGUGAAGCAACAGAAGGGCAACUCUGAAGAUGAGACUAAAGUGCAGAUGGAAGAUGCUGUACAAAAAGUGUGCAAUGCAACUGGGUGUUCAGACAUGGAUUUAGUAAGCCACGUUCUGGAAGUGGAGAACUACAAUGUGGAAUCUGCAAUAUUUGCCAUCUUGCAGGUGAAGGAAGGGCAAGGAAUAGGUACUGAGAAGCAGCAGGAGCCUCUGGGCAGGGAACAGAAAUCCUGCAGCAGGACACUGUGGGAAGAGAAUGGAACUGGUUCAAAAACCUUUGGAAAGCAGAGCUUGCAUCAAGGUGAAGCAGAAAACUCCAAGGGACGAGCUGGAUCCAGGGAAGAGAACCAAGCCAGCAGAAACCCAAAGGUAGCCAAGAAACAAAGGAAGAAGCAGCAGUGGCUGGAGAAGAAGAAGCAGCAGGAGGAGAGGCACCGGCAGAAGGUCCUGGCCAGCAAGAGGGACAGUGCAGACACCAGGACAGAGACAGACCCAGCCAACCAUGUCACCUUGGUGAAGGCCAUGGCAGCCCUAAAUAUAUGACUCAGUGCUCUGAUGAGUAAAGCAAAUAAAACUGAUGAAGACAAAAUUUCCCCAGGAGAAUUUCCAGGCACCCAUGGUUAUCUUAAAAUCCAUCUCUGCUGGGAUUUCCAAGCGCAGGAGAACUUCCUCUUCCUUUGCUUGUGAGGAGGACAAUUGCUCAUUGCAUCAACCUGUGGUGAGAAGAGUUAUUUAAACUUAGCAGGAAGUAGAGACUUGGGUCUGUAAUCUUGGAGUUGGAUGAUGAUAAGAACCUUCUCUUCACACAACGGUGUCAGAUUUGUUUUGACAUUUCUUGAUGUGCCUGGUUUUGUUUUUUUUUCUUUUAUUUGGCUAUGCCUGGAGGAGCUUUAUUUUACCUUGCUGUCAGGGAAAGUUUAACAAAUCUUAACUCAGGAAUCUCUCUGGUGGGUCUUUUUCUAUUUAAAUUCAAAUAAAGUAAGGCAAGAGAGUCCCAGAAUCCUUUCCAAAGCAAAUUGUGUCAGCCGGUACUGUCUCAAACAUGACAUUCCUCUUUGUUUGCCAUGCAGGAAUGCAAUGACAAGUUCUAAUUCACUACAACUGCUGGCAUUGCAUUAGGCUGGUUCAGAAGUGAUGAACACAUGGAGCGAGAUGGGGAUUGCUGCAUCUGUGCUUGCUGAGGUUUGGGAUCAGCUCCUUUAAGAUGAGACCUGUAGGGGGAGGAAGAAAACCCAAAACAGUAAUCCCAGUGGACUCAUGAGGCUGCAGAGCUGAAUCCUCCAGUCUGGUAAAAUGUGACAGGAACAAGCUUGAAGUUUCUGCUGAACUGCCAAGAACUGGGCUGGUACUUGGUGUACUCUGCUGUUGUUACUUGAAGAAUAAAAAGAGGAGCUCUCCUGGAAGAACUGGUGGUGUAGAAAUUCCUUUUUCUCCAAGACAGUCAUUUUUACAGUAGUGGAAAGAGGGGUGAGUCACAGCUUAGUGGGAAGGAAGUGCAAGUUCCUUCAGAGGGUGGUAAGUUGUGGCAGCAGGUUUGGCAAGGCAGUACAGGUGACUGUGUCACUUGUGUCCUGUAUUUUGGUCUGAAAGGCAAGUGUGUUCUUCGGGUUUGAAAAGAUAAGAAUUUGCAGUUGUGCACUGUGAAUGAGAGGUUUGAUGUUAAAUGAAUUGGUUUUUUGUUGUCUGGAGGCAGAGCUGAUAAGAGAUUAGUUGUUGUCUGGAGCCUGAGAGCUGUGAAGGGAGCUGUACUGGAGGCUAAGGAGGGAGCUCAUAGCUCACCCCGUGGUGUGCAGCAUGAAAGGGGGGGGUCUGCAACAGCAGCCCAAACAGCAGAGGGAGAGACUGGCCUGCAGCUUGUGGCCUCUGAUACAUGGGACAAAAUCUGGGGCUGAAAAUGCUUUCAUUUCUAAGUGUAAUAUGAUUAGAAUAAACUCUAAAUGUGCUGGGCUCAUAAAUCUUGACAAACCAGUCAAAUUCCCUUUAUCUUGCCAGGGUAGCUUUGUGCCUGCACAGCCGCUCCAAAGAUGUUAAAACUGAUUUUGUCUUUCAUGUUUUUCCGUUUAAAUUUCCACCUUCCCAAUGUAUAUAUUUUUUUUUUUUUUUUUUUUCCUGAGGAAUCUUUGUGCAACAUUCUGAACCCAGUUUAUGCAGUGAAUUUGCUUUGUAAACAGCUCGUGGAUUUUUCUGGAAGGAGGAAGGGAGAUGAGAAACAAGGGCAGAACAACACCAUGAUUCAUACAUGGUGUGUGUUUACUCCUUGGUGGAGCUGAGUGCUCCGUGAUCUGUGGGCCAAGGACGGACAAUGAGCACUGGAUAUUCCCUUGGGCUUUGAGGAGGAUGACUGUUUGUUUUUAGCUGCUGGCUGACAAAUUUGAGGGUGUUUUGGCUGUUGCUGCAGCAGGGUCACUGUGAGCCUCUCAAGGGUGAAUACACAGCAGGAGGAUGUAGAAAGCCACUUUCCCUGCAUCCUAUUUCCCACCAUCAUCUUACCUGGACUUAUUUUCCCAAAUCCUGCCCCUGCACGUCAGGAAUUCAGUUGAACUGGAAGUUGUAAG